CUAUCCAAGUGGUCGAAAAAGUCGUUUCAUAAUUGAUGAGAAUGAGAAAAAGAUCUGCAAGAUUGUUUUUAGAGGAAAAGAAGUGGAUCGAGGACUGAAAGACUUUUUAAAGACUACGAACCCCAACAUAUUAGUUGAGGGGUCAUUAUCAGUUUUAGGUGAUGAAUGCAAAAAUCUGUGCAAGAGAAAUUCUGGUAGUGUUCUUCAAGAUAAAUCAAGCAGCAAUGUUUUAGAAUUUACAUGGGACAGUAUGUAUUCUGAGCUGAAAAUAAGAGCACCAAAUGUCUUAAAGACAGUAUCAGCGAUGGUAUCAGAUAUCCCAUUACAAGUGAGUGAGAAACCAUUUCAGUAUGUCAUGUAUUCUGUGUCACAAAUCCUGCAUGGAAGAUCCCAAGAAAUGUCCUUAGUUCAAUACUUGUCUGGAUUGGUGUUGAUGCAUGGAGGAUGCACUCUUAAGGACAUUGAGAGAAUUGCUAAAUUUGGAGCAAGUGUUCAUCCAGAAACACUUAAAAGAAAGCUGAAUUCUUGGGAUGCAAUUUUAGAUGAGGAAUUACUCAAGUACAAAGAAGAAUGGAGUCGAGGAGGGCAAACAAAAUACCAACUCAUAGGGGACAAUUGGGACAGAAAUAUCAUUCCUUCUUACAGAACGUCUCAAGACAAAACAUUGUCCUUGCACUUGUUUCAGGUCAUUGGAGUCCUUGACAGAGUGAAUUGUGUGGUGGACACUGACUCACAGCUCAUUGAUAUUUCAGACCUGAAUCCUGUGAAUUUCAUACCCUCCAGUGAGGAUCAGGAUAUUCUUCUCCAUGAGCUUACUUUCCUUGUUGCAAGUUCAGUCAUAGCUAAUAUUGACCAGAUGAAUGACAGUUUUGUAUCAAUUUACCCUAAGCAUUUGCAACACAAAUACAGCAAUUACUCAGGAAUAAAAACAGAACAGUAUCCAUUGGGACUAUUUGAUUGCAAUGAAAUGGUCACUCAGGAUGUUAUCAGACUACUAAAAGAGCUAUCAAAGAAGUAUGUACCCACAGAUGAUGCAGGAGAAAUUGUGGAAGAAGUGUUCUUUGGAGGAGACAGAUUAACAGAUGAAAGAAUACAGAGUGCCCAAGAAGCCAUGACAAAUAAUGAAACUGCCUUAGAAAAAUUGGAAGGAUUCAUUUCUAAAAUUGAAGAUUUCCACCGGCUAAUGAACUUCCUUGAGGCAAUAGUGAUGCAAACAUAUAGCACUCAAUCAGCAAGUGACCGUGGGACCAUGUACUAUUACAAGAACAUUUUAAAUGCACGCAAUGUCAAAGGAAAAGUUAAAAAUUCUUACAGGGGAUAUAAAAUGCUGUAUCGCACUGUAUUUGAUGCUAUGUGCUGUGUAUUAUUUUUACAAGAGCUAGGGAUUCACAACUCAGAAGAGAGUGUAUCAUUACCUGAUGAAUUUUGCACAUGGAAUAAAGACCAAAAAAUCCAGUGGCUAAAUAACAUUUGUGAACGAAUUGUAAAGAAAUGGUUUUUUGGAGAUGGUGAUUUGUUUGAAGACUUAAGACAAAUAUUGACUGAUCCAGAUCAUGAAGAAAAUUACUGGUUUGCAAAUUUUCAAGAUGGACGAUUUUCCUGCCAUUACUGUGGAAAAACUUACAGUCACCUUAGAAGUGCGGAAUCACAUGAAAAAGAAAUUCAUGGCCAUUCCAAACCAUCUGAAAGAAAGAGUACUGCUUCAAGCCUUAAGCAAGAUGAACUGCAUGAUUAUUUACUAGCACUUUUUCGCCUUGCAGCAUUACACAGGAAUCUCGAUUCUGCAGUGGACAUGGCAGAUGGCAACCGAUCUGUUCGCUCCGCUAAAUAUGAGACCCCAUUGUACAACAAAACGCACAAGACAAAAUAUCUCAUUGGAAGCAUCCAUUUAACUUCUCUGGUUUCAGGAACCUUGCCUUCUCUUCAAACAGAGAGACUAAUUGCAAAUAGAUUCAUAAAUUUAUCUGGUGGAAAAAACUCUAACAUGGCCCUUGAUGAGUAUGUAGAACUAGUCAAUAGAGACACAAAGAACACUUGUUCUGGAUUUCAGUCGAAAGAAAGCAUUAUAGCACAUUCAAAACAGUUUCCACUUCUUAUCAAAGCAGUAAAAAAUCUGGACAUGAUCAGUGAUAUUCACAAACGGAAAGGCUUUCACAACAUCCCAUCUUACAAAUCUGAUGUUCAGAAGAUCAUUGUAGAUCUCUUUGACAUUGAUGGAUUUUCCUAUCACGAAGGACGGAAGCUCAAGUGUCGCCAACUUGUUCAAAACAGCAACCCGUUUUCAGACUGUCACAAACAGUUAGUGAACAUGAUUUACAGACACAAACCUCUGCUACCAUUCCGUCGAUUAAGGAACAGAAAUUAUAAUUAUCAUUAUGGCUUUUAA